AGUCACCGCCCGCCGUUCACGCCGCGACGACGCAUCGCCGAUCGCCACUCGCCAGCUAAAUUUACACGCCACUGACUGUCUUCCAGAACACGGUCGGAGCUGUUAUAGUGAAGUGUUGUUUAGUCCAGUGAGUGUUAGCUCUGUGAGGUCCUGUCGCCUUUGAGUGUGAAUUCUGCAAAAACAAAAACCCUACGGAGAAUGCUACCUUUAUGAUACAAAAGUGAAGUUUUGAUAUGAUCUUUAUUAAAAUUAUUUAUACACGUGUAUAGUGUGCGUGUCGUGAAAUGUGCUUAUACUGAACGUGUUAUAGUGAAUUCGUAAUUUGAUUCGAGAUGUCUUCACGGACGGGUCCCAGGGGUACCUCGGUGGCUACUAGCCAGAGGAAGCAUCGAUCCAAGUCUUCGACCAGGUAUGAUAUGGAGAAGAAACCGAAGAAGAAGGACAUGCGAACAUCGGGAACAACAAGUUUGGUCUCAAUACCCAACAGCAUCAAACUUACGAUGUUGAAUAGCGGCCUCAUAUCUUUUGACCGCGUGACCUUUAAGCCAGAGACGGACGAGAAUGGUUCCAUAUCCGAGACGAUACCGGACCGACCUGUCGAGCUAAAGAACUUCACGAAGCUCUGCGAACAGCGACGGAAGUUUCCAGUGCUUUACAAACUCGAGUUUCAGACUGCGAUCAAGGUCGAGAUGCAGUUGUGCCGGCACGCAACGAAGAAGACAAAUCUACACAAAAAUCAGAAUCAAAAAGUUAUACCUUAUGAUUACAACAGAGUGGUGCUAGACACUAUAGACCGGGAACCAGACUCGGAUUAUAUAAACGCUUCUUACAUAGAUAGUUUAUUAAAGCCUAAGGCGUACAUAGUAACUCAGGGGCCAACCGAAGACACAGUCGUGGAUUUCUGGCGGAUGAUCUGGCAGGAACGAGCCGCCGCCAUUGUCAUGCUCACUAAGACAUUCGACUUCAUUAAAGUUAUGUGCGUCCAGUAUUGGCCACCAAACAAAGAGAAAGAUGAAACGUACGGAGACAUCAGCGUCGGCAUCGUGCAAGAAGAGGAACUCGCCAAUUUCUUCAUAAGAACCUUCCGACUUUAUAAGACUGAGAAGGGUGUGGUGAUAGAAGAGAGGUUCAUUCUGCAGUUCCAUUAUACGCAGUGGCAUUCUCACACGUGUCCAUUCAGCAACGCGCUCCUCGAGUUCAGGAGACGUGUCAGAGCGGUGGUUGGCAGGAGGCUGGCCGUCAACCCUGCAGCAGGACCCAUGGUCGUGCACUGCAAUGAUGGUGGAGGUAGAUCGGGCGUGUACUUAGCUAUCGACGCGAAUUUGGAACUAGCUGAAGAGGAAGACAGCUUUGAUGUCUUCGGAUGUUUGAAAAAACUCCGGGAAUCCCGAAAAGGGCUUAUUGAAAACGAGGAACAAUACAAAUUUGUCUACGAUACGUUAGAGGAACACGUCGUCUGCGGUAUUUCAUGGUUUCCAGUCUCCGAACUGUCGCAAAGGCUGAAGCAAAAAUCCCAGAGGGACCCCGUCACGAAGCUCAAUGAAUACCAAAAGGAAUACCAGCAAAUAUGUAAACAAACACCGAGGUUCACGAUAGGGGAUUGCGCUGGAGGCCAUCGAGGUGAUAAUCGGGAAAAGAACCGCGAUGUGCUAGUGGUGCCCCCUGACAAUUUUCGUCCCUAUUUGACAUCAUUUCAAGGAAACAGUUUCACUGAUUACAUCAACGCCGUGUUCGUGGAUGGAUACACCAAGCCUCGUGAGUACAUAGUGACGGAAUGGCCUCUGAUGAUGACUCAAGGGGAGUUUUGGUCUUUAGUAUACGAUUAUGAAUGCGCUGCGGUCGUUGUUUUAUGUGUUCCACCGAAGAAUUCUCAACAAUACCCGCCGUUUUGGCCCGAGGGACGGCAUUCUAAGAAAUAUGGACCAGUUUUUACAAUAGAUCACGUAUCUCAUAAUCAUUAUACUAAUAUUAAGACUUGGAUAUUUAGGAUCAAUAAGAAGAUAAUUUCACUGACUGAACUGAUGGCUGGAGUCAAAGCUCCAACGAAAACAGUGCAACUAUUCCAAUUGACGUGUUGGCCAAUGGGCCACAAGGUUCCGUCAUCGACCAAUUCACUAGUGGAGCUGAUGAACAUGGUGGAACGCUGGCGACAGCGGACAGACUACGGACCAGUCUGCGUUGUAUCACCGGAUGGACGCAGCCGGGCCGGGGUCUACUGCGCAGCCAACGCGUGCAUCGAACAAGUCAUAAAGCACGGCGAGGUGGACGUGUUUCAAGCUGUGAAGACUGUUCGACGACACCGGCCACAGCUCGUCGAGAACAUGACCGAAUACAAGUACUGCUACGAUCUAGUUCUCCAUUACGUGUUGCACUAUUUAAAUAAAGAUAUGAACGAAAAAAAGUGAGAGUGCGAACUCAAAGACGAACUCUGGUUCAUCGAGUUCGGGCGCGGCGCGGCGCUACCCACGACGCCGGAGGAGACCAGCCCCUCCGCGGCGCCGCGCGACCACAAGCGGCCCCAGCGCCCUCGCCGCGGGCUCUCUCUGGACCGCCUGCUGCCCGCGCCCGCUCGUCCUCAGCUGCCGCACGCCGCUACCGUCGAAGCCCCUCGUCGUCCCCGUCGGGACCGCCCUCCGCUGCGUCGCUCUAUUCGCCUUGAAGACGACGACGCCGCGGCGGAUGAACGCAGGCGAGCCUUUGGCCGCGGACCUCGAGCCCCCUCCUUCGACGAAGGCGACGUCAGCGACGAGCACGAGGAAUGCGAUUGCGCCCGCGUCUCUCUCGAGCGCUCCGGCCCUUCCACCGAAGCGCCCGACGAAGAUGACUACGAACCAGAAUUUGUCGCCUCUCCGCCGUACCUGUGCGAUAGGCCGACGCCGGAACUGCCGCCUCGAGCCGGUUCCUCGGAUCGAGUUUUGGAACCCCGAGAUGCACCCCGCGGUCCGUCGCGUGCCCAUUCGCAAGGUGUUUUCGAAAGACGAUUGCCAAAAAUUUAUAAAUUCGGUUUAAUGGACAAAUCGAAACGAGCCAGUUCGAGCGCUCUUUACGAACGGGCCCCUCGCUCUCCGACCGAAGCUUUUUAUAACGCUACCGGAUCUACGAGACUGAGCUCCCAAGAGCUUUUCGAGAAAUUCUGUUCAGAGGAUUUUACCUCCUUAUAUGGACGCGAAGAUGAUCGGCGCAAGCGACCGCCACACUCGAAAUCGACCGGCAGCAGCGGCUCCGACGUCCGACACGAACGUACGUGCUGUCGACGCACACCGUGCAGCUCCCAGCCUGCUCUCGGCCGCCGCCACAUGUGCCAUGCAGCAAGAUCUGACCGCUCGACUGAUUCCGAGGACAUGUCACCGCACCGCGCCGGAAUGAGACCGUUACCACUGGAGUCAGAUCGUGAUGGUCAACAAUCUAACUGUUCACGUUCUGCGCCUCUUUUGAGUCCGGACCGUUUUGAAGCUCGUUUCACAUUCGACAUCUCGGAACGCAGCGAAGCCACAUCAAACCGAGACGAGACCCCUUCGGAUGCUACCGAAACGAGGAAUCUGACUCUUUACGAAGAACCACAUUCGGAUCGAACCAGUCUCUGUGAGCUUUAUGACGCUGCGUUUUCUUCACAACGACCUUCAUUUCGAAGAGACGGAUCUCGUCGUCACGCGGGUGUCGUAGAUUUGAGCGCGCUUAAUUUUCGCGCCAUUGACGACGAAAGUCCCCGUGCCAGUCGACGCACAUCCCAACGGAGCGUCGAUGAAACGCUACGUCAGAAUUCUGAGACGCGCAGCUGGGCAUCAGAUUCCGUAUUCACGACUCCGGAACGACGUUUCCCUGCGGCAUCUUCGCCAUCCUCCGAUGGCACACAUCUCUCUGUUACCGCGCAAGCUGAAUCCCCGCGUGCUGAUUCAGCUGCGGCCGACUCCACCAUCGCCGACACGACUGUCGUCGAAGAGGAACCGCCAAGCGUGAUAGAACGAACAGAAUACACACUCGCUCUGAAGCUCGGACGUAUUGACCUGGAAGACGAACCGUCCGAGAGAAACUCCACACCGGCGGGGGGAAGUGCGCGUCUUUCGAGUCGCCCAUCGAUGCACAAGCUAGAACCAAUCGAGCCGGAGCGUCUGUGCGGUGGCGCUAGUGAGGCGGCGAGUGUGCGGUCAGUGCGCGCGGUGCUGCGGCGUCGCGGUGCCAGCGAGCCGCGCCGAUCCUCGCGCUGCUUCCCGCUCUGACUGCGCGCGGCGGUGACGACUCCUGCGUUACAUCGCAGUCGUCGCCGCAAACCGCCGCCCCUCCUCGUGCCUUCCCACCAUCUCCCUCUCUAUCGUCUUCGGCUAACGCCGUAUCUUCGAGCGCGUCACUAUCCGGCGUCAAACGGUACAUUUGCGUUGGAUAUCCGACGACAAUUUCGAUCAUUUAGAUAGAAUAGUCUCCUUGUAUUAUAGCAUCUCUCCCUCUAGUUGUCGUUCGUACACUUAAUUGUCGUGACUGCCAAAUUUUUACAAUGAUCAUCUUAGUUGUCUCAAGAGUAGUUAGGUAGGUAGCGUAGGGCCCUCUAUCGAUAUCGAUAAAUAGGCAGUGCCUGAUUGAAACACUACGUGCGUAGAGCGUAGAUUCUAAAUUUCGUAGAUAGAAAUUGAUCCCGAGACUCGCUGCGGGCGCCUCGGAUGCAGUCCACGACUGACACAGGGUCAAGUGUUUAGAGAACUAAUUACAUUUAACUCACCCGCUCACACUGGUGUCCGAAAAUUUGUAUUAAAGAACCGUAAAUUUAAUCUUUUCCUACUUAUGGCACUACUUUUAAUGUAUACAAAUAGUUUACGUAUAGAAUUUUUAAAGGAAACAAUCCUAGUGUGAUCACUAAUGAAUGAAACUAGUCCCAUGUGCCCACACCGGUGUGAACUGGAUUUUAUGUCGUCAUAAUUGUAAUGUACGACAGACUACCUAGCUAGAACUUUAGAUUUAAUAUUAUAUAUUUUAGAGUAACAAUAAAAUAUUGUAUACAUACGUGCUUUUUAUAAAAAGCUGAAACUAUAGUUUCGAAGCGAGAUCUAAACACAACACGGAGCACCAGAAUAAAAGGAAAUAUUUGUAUGAAAUAAUAUGAACGUGUAAUAUUAAAUAAAACUAAGUGUUGUUUUUUUAAAGGUUUGAAUGUCGUGUUCGUCGAUGUUGUUCAAUAUUUAUCUAAUUUAUUCCAAUGUGUUUCGAAAAUAUUAAAUAUUUUGUGUGCGA